AUGAAUACUAAAUAUGAACUUCAAGACAUAUUUGCCGAACACUACGACCCGGAAGAGGACGAAGACGACGACAAUGAAAAGAUAAUUUAUCCCAAAAGCGAUGAACAGCGGCAGAGAUUGGGAGAAGCGGUUAAAAAUAUAUUACUCUUCCGUUCAUUAGAUCCCUUGGAAAUGUCUGAAGUAAUCGAUGCUAUGUUUGAAAGAAAAGUCGAAGAGGGAGAGAUCGUCAUCAGACAGGGAGAUGACGGCGACUACUUCUAUGUCAUAUCGGAUGGGACCUAUAAAAUUGUGGUGUCAGUAGACGACGGGUCUGAGCGAGAAGUGGGUGAAUACACGGGUUCGGGUAGUUUUGGUGAAUUGGCGCUCAUGUAUAAUAUGCCGCGAGCAGCCACUGUCAAAGCCAUGACAGUCGGCUCACUCUGGGCUAUGAGUCGACACACUUUCCGAAAAAUAGUUCUGAAAAGAGCUUUUAGGAAGAGGAAAGAAUACGAGAACUUAAUUGAAAAAGUGGACAUGCUCAAAUCAUUGGAACCCUACGAAAAGAUGUCAUUAAGUGAUGCUCUGUUGCCGCGAAGAUUCGUCUCCGGAGACCUUAUUAUAAGACAAGACGACGAGGCGGACGGUAUGUAUUUCGUUCAGGAAGGCAUUGAGGGACACGAACAGGAAUUGUCACGUCUAGAAAAAGGAGGAUAUUUUGGUGAAUUAGCACUGAUAACACAUCGGCCCAGAGCGGCAUCAGCUUAUGCUCAAAGUGCUGAAUUCUGGAUGUGCACGCGUUUGAGCGCCUGUUGGGUCCAGUGAUGGAUAUAAUGAAGCGAAACUUUAACCAUUAUGAGGACCAAUUGGUCAAAAUAUUUGGGUCCAAAUCAAAUGUUGCAGACUUACGAUGACUGUCAUGAGUGGUUUGGCAGUGCUUUUGUUGGGACUGAACGAGCAAUCGAUGCGAAGAUGUGGUCAAAGGGCAGACUUAUUGCACAAUUAAAUUGAAUUCUUCCCCUAAUUUGAGAAAUAAUUUCCAGUCAACGGUGUUUUGCAGUGAAAAACAAUCCUUUUAUAUUCCGUACUGUUAUACUGUAUUAACAGUGUUUUAUUGCCAAAAACUUAGUCAUUGUUUUUAUAAUAAAUGUUAAUUGAAAUCUACGAACAAUUUUUAGGCAAAAGAAAAAAUCAUUUCAAACAUCAAUAUCUAAUGAAGUAAAUCGUUAUUUCAAUUGCAUUAACGAGAAAACCAAGCAUUGAUUGCUUCGACAAAGUCAUCAGAGCUUACAUUCAAUUCUAGUGAACAUAAUAUUAAAUAAAUAAUACAUUAAUAAUUUGUGUUCCCUUUAUAUAAAUAUAUAUGUAAAAUAAGUUUAGUUCAAAAUAUUAAAACUCAUUGUUUCGACAUUAGAGACGUUUUCCCAAUUAAGAGUCCAAACGAGUACUUCAUUUAUCAAUUAAUUAAAUACUAAAAUUCAGAGCAAUAU